AUGAACGCAGAAGAUGGCAAGAGCGUGCAUCCCUUCUUCCAGCGCGCCAGUGGUGUGCUCUCCCACCACCAAAGUACUUGUCUCCACGAACAUCAGCACAGUAACGAGGAUCUCAACUUUGCACCCGACGCUCCGCCCAUUGACGCAACCGAGAAGCCCAAAAGGACGAAUAGUAAGCGCAAGCAGAAAAAGAUAGAUGCUGAGAGCAAGGGCAAGGUCCAAAGGACAUUGAACCAGGUCAUCCAUCCCGGUAUCGUUGCUACGGAGGUUCUCCCCAUCCAGGACGAGGGCGUUGCUCAGCCAGAGCAGAAUGACUGCCGAAGCAAGCGAAGGCGAACAAAUGAGCUUGAGUCGAUUGAUGUUGGAACUGGAGAGACGAAUGAUGCAAGUGGGACAGUCCCAGAGGCUCUCCGAAGCUCGCCGCAGGUCAUCAUACCGCGAUCUUCGCCUCCCACCGCAAAUGAAAGGAUCACAGGUGCAGUCGUAGACCUGGAUGUCAACGCGGUGGUGCCGAGGACGCCUUCUCCCCGAGCUCCACCUAAGAAGCUACUGCGUAUCAACGCGAAUGGGACUUUUGGCUCGCCUCCCACAAACAAGCCAAGACUGGCAGAGCCAACGACACAACAGUUGACGAAACGAGGAAGACCACGAAGAGCAGCCGCUGUCCAUGCCGAUAGACACUUGGUUGUUACUAUCAAAUACGGCGCGGAUUUUCUAUCGAAGAUUGCGAUCGGAGACAGAAUCUCUCGCGUGCUCGGAGGGGAGGAGCAUAUUCCAAUUGUGGUUGAGGCUACUGCACAAAAGCCUAAGAAGGAGGCAAGGUCGCGGACUGUGGCGAAUAAUGUCACACCAAAGAAAAGUACGCCGAGAAAGCCAGACAAACCCCCACAUCCUUUCUUCAAGCUAGAAAAGCCCAAAGAUGACCAUACACCCCCGAGGAAGGAGCCUUCGCGGAAGUCGACCGCCAUCACGCCUGGCAGGCUUAGGAUGCAAGCCUUGGCCGAUCGUUGUUAUGAUCCGCGAGACCAUCAAUCAUAUGUGUCAACGUUGAACAAAGAUCGGUUGAUGAUCAGACAUCCAGGUGCGAAAGACCCACCUUUUCCAGCUCGUGAUCAGGUGCAUGUGCGAGGACUUGCUGCAGACUCAGCUCCGCUGGCAGUUGAUGCGAGAUCAUGUCCAGAUCACUUCGUUCGACGCAAGCAGAAACAAGCCCGGUUGCCGCUUGUCGAUAAUGAGUCGGUGUUAGCGCAGUUUGGCGCACAACUACAACCAGAGAAAGACUGCAUCAUACGACCAGACGGUUUCCACGAAGCUCACGCUCAGCUUAAUGUGCCCGAGCGAUUGCUGCUGUCAGGACAGGACAUCGCAUACAGGAUCUCCACACAAUUAUCUGUUCCCAUGGCUGAUGAGAACACUGAUGAAUUGACCUUUAGCCCUUCCCAGCAACAGGUUCACCCUGCACUGCAGAGGCUUUACAAUAGGAUACCGACAAUAAUGACAGCGUUUGAUCAGUCCAGAGGGGAGGCUGCAUCCUGGACACAGAAGUACGCCCCAUUGACUUCAGCUGAUGUGCUGCAGCCAGAGAGUGAGAUUGCUGUGCUGAAGGAUUGGCUGAAGUCUCUCACCAUUCAGGCAGUCGGUGGCGCUGCAGCUGCGACUAAAGCAACACCUAUGGUUGCAACAAAAGAUAAGCCGAAGAAGAAGCGGAAAAAGAAGGCUGACGAGAUGGACGACUUUUUGGUGGAAAGCGACGAGGAGAUUUAUGAGAUGAGUGAGCUUCGCGAUUCUGUGCCAGCAAGUCCACAUGCGUCUCGCAGGUCCCACAAUAGCGUUGUCCAAGUCGCUCCUGCCGGCACGAAGCUCAGCAACGUGAUCAUGCUCAGUGGCCCCAACGGAUGCGGCAAGACUGCAGCAGCUUAUGGUAUUGCCAAAGAUCUCGGUUUCAAGGUCUUCGAGAUCAGCUCGAGUGAGCGCAGAAGUGGCAAAGACGUGCUCGAUCGGGUUGGCGACAUGGCUGAGAAUCAUUUGGUGAAGCAUCACGGCACCGAAGUGGCAGCUACUGAGUUCGUCGGCAACGAAGAGCCCACGGGGAUGGAUGAAGCCUUUCAAAAAGACCUCGAAAGCGGAAGGCAGGGCAAAAUGAGUGCUUUCUUCCAGCCGUCCACCACAGCGGCGGCGAAGCCCAAGCAGAAGCCGGUUCCAACGGAAGUGGUAAAAGCUAAGACAUUGAAGGCCGUCAAGGAUGCCUUGAACCAGCCGAAGAAGGACCAGCAACAAUCGCUGAUCCUUCUGGAGGAGGUCGAUAUCUUGUUUAAAGAUGACAAGGACUUUUGGACCACCGUUGUGAAGUUAAUUGAGACCUCGAAGAGGCCCUUUAUCAUGACUUGCAACGAUGAGGAUCUGGUUGCUAUCCAGACAAUCCCAUUGCAUGCCAUCCUGCGCUUCCGACCUCCGCCUGUUGAUACGGCAACAGACUACAUGUUGCUCCUCGCUGCAGCAGAGGGCCAUCUGCUGAAAAGAGGCGCAGUCAAGAGUCUGUAUGAGCACCACGACCGUGACUUACGAGCCAGCAUCACUGAGCUUGACUACUGGUGCCAAAUGGGAGUGGGUGACCCGAAGGAAGGUCUUGGGUGGAUAUAUCAACGAUGGCCUCCCGGGUCUGACACUGAUCACUUCGGUCGCACGGUACGUGUGGUCAGUGAAAACACCUACCAGGAAGGCAUGGGAGUGACCCCUGCCGUUGAUGCCUCAGCUGAAGAUGCUUUGUGGCGGGCCUGGACCAACUUUGGCGUCGAGCCUUCCCGCGCACUCGGCUGGAAAGCCGACGAUGAGAACGAUGGACGUCCAUCAUCAGAGAGCUCAGGAGUUCUCGUUGACCCCAAGCGCAACUUGCGUGGCCUGUCUUUGCUUGCAGCUACUGCCGACAUGCUGAGCGCAGCAGAUGCAUGCACAGCUCUCGGUCUGCCCGACUCGGCUUGUUUCGACUCCACACAACCAGAUAUGCCCGAAAGGGUGCGAGGUCAUUACAUUGAGGGAAUGAAAGUGUUGCAAACUGACGAGAUGAUCGACUACUCCGACUUCAGCAAGCAUGUUCUCCUAACGAUGACUUUGGGCGCUUGGAAGACUUAUGCAGUCAACCCUAGAGCAGUCCAGAGUGAUCGGAUUCUCCGUGGAAUCCCCGCGAAGCGGGCACAGGCGAGUCGCGAGCAGCCGCUCAAUCGACGCGCAUUCGCGUGCUUUGAUCCCAUAUCCUCGCCAGCCGAAGUGUCGGUGACGAAUACAGGGUUACAGCUGUCGGUGUUCGAUGGUACCUUCCGUGUGAUCACGAUGGACCUUGCACCAUACGUACGCUCGAUUGUACAGUAUGAUCAGGCAUUGGAAGAACAGCGCGAGCGACUGGGACUGAUGGAUACCGAUGGGGGCCGGAGAGCGAAGCGUGCCCGAACGACUCGGGCAGCGAGAAGUGCAUUGGAAGGUAGUCAGCGAUCAACGACCAGGAAAGAUCGGUGGUUUACGAAAGAGCUCGAUAUGUGGAGCGUGCUUGCUACUGGUGGCAAAGACUGGCCCAGGUUUGUGGAUACUUCAGCUUCAGGCGUUGGCAAUCAUACCGCCUCGUUGGGA